UUUAAUUUUUAUUUCUCUAAACAUAAAUAUACCCAACAUCAAUUUAGUUUUAUUUUAUUACAUUAUGAAAAUUAUCUUUUCUUCGACAAAUGAAAUUAUAAACUUUAUUGUCUUAGUGUAGUCUAACUUCUUUAGUAUUUGAGUUUUACUGAAAUUAAAUAAUUUAAGUUUGGACACUAAAUUUUAAAGUUAAUUAAAAGCUAAUUGAUCUAAAAGUUUGUAAUAAAUUUAUUUAAAAAUGUAUGGAAACUAAAGAAAAUGCCUCCAGUAGUUGAUGUAGAAAAAGUAUGUCGAUUAUGUUUUAGAGAAGAUGAUGGCCAUAGUAAGAUGACAUCCAUUUUUGAGCGACAUGAGCUUGAAGAUAUUAUUAAAAAAUGUGUUCAAAUAGAGGUAUCAUUAAGGGGAGAUGAACCAACUAAUGUUUGUGCUAGCUGUAUAUUAAGUUUAGAUUCUUGGAAUAAAUUUAAAAUAUUGUGUGAUAAUACGAAUGCUUUUUUGCAACAAUAUAUUCAUGAUGGAAUAGAAACUGAACUUGAAUUUAAUAGUGAAAUGUCAAAUCUAGGUCCACUUGGCUUCACACCAUCUCAAAUGUCUGACCUGAGUAUUGGAUUACUUGAAAAUGAUUCUCUCUGGAAUAGUAUGUCUCAACAGUGGAAUGAAGGUGAAAUGUCUAGGGAUUCACCUUUACCAAAAUACAUGAAAAAAGUUGGAACACCAGAUAUGUCAACUAACAGAACUGAAUCCAAUGAAGCAUGUGUCACUACAACUUUCAAUUUUUUUGCCCAUAAAAAUGAUGAUAAAUUUAAAGAAACACGUUGGUGGAAUCCUAAAGCCAUAUCAAUGAAAACUUAUUAUGAGUCUAAAUCUAAAAAUACUACAAAAGGAUUAAAGUUAAUGACAAAGUAUCAUUCAUUCUAUAAUAAUAAAUAUACUUGUAAAAUUUGUCCUGAAUCUUUUACAAAAUUUAAUGAUCUUAUUUUACAUGACUCAAAUGUCCAUGUUGAUUUCCCAAAAAACUAUGUUUGUAAAUCUUGUGGAAAAUUAUUUUUAUCAGAAGAACGCUUAUGUAUUCAUGAAAAUAUACACAGAGAAAAACUAUUUGAAUGUCACUUAUGCUUAAAAAGGUUUACACAAAAAAAAACUCUUGAUAAUCAUCUAAAUGUUCACAUUGGUCAAUUCACUUGUCAAAUUUGUGGAUAUAAAUCUCACAAUGCUCAUAAUCUGAAAAUUCAUGAAAAUACUCAUUCAUCUAUAAAACUUCAUUCAUGUAAUUCUUGUAAAAAAGAUUUUUCAACUAAAUCUUCAUUAAGUAGACAUAUACGUCUUGUCCAUCAAAAAAAUAUUAUGUUUCGUUGUAAUCAAUGUGAUUAUACAACCAUUCAGCCAUCAAACCUUAGGUACCAUAAAUCUUUUCAUAAUGCUCAAUCAUUUAUUUGCCAUUUCUGUGGAAAAAUGUUCAAAAACCGUGAAUUAUUUAUGCUACAUUCCAAAAUACAUGAAAAUCCAUUAUUUACUUGUGCUCAUUGUAAUAAAGGAUUUAGAAAGAAGAAAAAUUUAAAAAACCACUUGAGUAAUAACCAUGGUCUAGGUCUUAGUACUACUAAAUUAUAUACAUGCAAUAUAUGUUUAAAACAUUUUUCAAGAAUAUUAUACUUAAAAAAACAUCAAAAUAAGUUUCAUUAAAUAUAGUUAUUUUAUUAAUAUCUCCUAAAAAAAAAAAAUUAUUGAACCUGUAAGUCUUGUGACUAAUAAAUUUAAAUAAAUUUUAUUAUUAAGUAUUUUUGUAAGGCAGUUUGAAAAGUUGAGAAAAAUACUCGGGGAGAGUUUGAUUAAAUAAUAGAAACAUGAGAAAGUUGUUAAAAAUAAUUUGGAUGUUUUCUUUUAAAAUUAAUGCAAGUGCAUGAAUAUUUAUUUUAGAAAAAAAUAAAAUACUUUUGUUAUCACAUCUUUUUUAUACUAAAUUACAAAUAGUAAUUUUGUAAGUUUUAAAUUUCCAUAGGUUUUCACUAAUUUAUAA